AAUAUUAACGGAUGCUUGCGAACAAAUUCGACAUGAUCUUCAAAUUAUUAUCGAUCAAACGGAAAAACAAAAACUAGUUCUACGCCAUAUAAAAACAUUUGCUAAUACUGACGCUUGUGUAAAGGAUUUCCCAAAAGGUCUGAACACAUUGAUUCUUCUGUCAAAAUGUCUUCCUCAUUCAUUGACGAUACUUUGGGUGGAUAUAAGGAAAAUGCAGAAAAGGAAGCAUCGAUGAUAGUGCCAAACAAAAAGCAGUUGGAAUUAAACCAAAUUCCAUUAGAAGAUGAAAAGAAACAACAAUUCUUCAAACUUCUUCAUCUUAAGAAGAAAUUGGACACAGAAUUUACCAACUUGAAAACUUCAAGAGAAAAAUAUCCAUCUAUGAAGCAAACUACAAAUCUUUUGCAUGAAUAUAAUGAUGUGAAGGAUGCAACCCAAGUUGUAUUUGAUGCUGUGGCUCAAAUAAAUAAUAUCACAGUUAAGAGUUUACAUAAAGAUUAUGGUUUACCUACUAAUGACAGUUGAAGGCCUUGCUGAUCGUACAGUCAUCUUCAUCUUCAAAUACUAACUUCGUUUAUUGUUAAAAUGCACUACUGUGAUAUAUUUUUUGUAUAAUAAAAACCUCUUUAUUCGAUUGUG